AUGUUCAGUCUCUCGAACCAUCCACGAUGGCAGCCGGAACGCCCUUCCCGAGGGGCGCACAAGUCGCGGAGGCACCGAACCAGACGCCACAGAUCCGGCAAACCGAAAGAGGAGGCGGGCGGCGGCAACGCGGACGACACCCAUCCGGCCACCGCGGUGAUCCGGCGGCACAGCUCGUGGAGCUCCUGGCUGCUGAUGCCGCUGAUGAUGGUCUCCUACCUGCCCUGUGAGGCCUGGGGCACCACCUUCAAGAUCGCGCUGGUGGGGCCGUGGACGUGCGACCCCAUGUACUCCAAGGCCCUGCCCGACCUGGCCGCCCGCUUGGCCAUGAGCCGCAUCAACAAGGACCCCGAGCUGAACAAGGGCUACUGGUACGACUACGCGCUGGUCAACGAGGACUGCCAGACCGCGCGGGCGCUGGCUCGAUUCGCCGAGCUGGAGGGCUACGGCGCAGCUUUCGUGGGCCCGGCUAACCCCGGCUACUGCUCGCCCGCUGCACUUCUGGCCAAAAACUGGGACAAGGGCAUCCUGUCGUGGGGCUGCCUGAAGCCGGCCAUGAACGAGGACGGCAUGUUCCCCACCUUCCUGCGACCCGUACCGCUGCCUUCGCGCGUGCUCUUCUCCGUGCUGCGCUUCUUCAGGUGGGCGCACGUCAGCAUCAUCGCCGAGGAGGCCGACCUGUGGGAGGCGACCGGGUACGAGCUGGCGAAGUCGCUGCGUGCCCUCGGCCUGCCCGUCGGCUCGGUGUCCAUCAUGGAGCUGGACCAGGAGGGCCCACGCAGAGCGCUGGAGAAGAUCCGCCACACGGAUCACUCCAAAGUGAUCAUCAUGUGCAUGCACUCAGUACUGAUCGGCGGGGACGCUCAGUACAAGCUUCUGACCACAGCCAUGGACAUGAGGAUGAUUGACCGAGGCUACAUUUUCAUCCCCUACGACACCCUGCUCUACUCUCUGCCGUAUAAGAACGCAGAGUACCCUAUACUCGUCAACGACUACAAGCUACGGCGGGCCUAUGACGGAGUGCUCACUGUGACCAUGGACCAGGGAGAGAACUCAUUCUUCGAGGCGUUCAAAGAGGCCCAGGAGAAACACGACAUCCGGUCCAGCACCCCACCUGAACAGGUUUCUCCGUUCUUUGGCACCAUCUACAACAUGCUCUACUUCACGGCCAAGGCGGCGGAGCAGCAGCGGGCGGCAACCGGGCGCUGGGUAUCGGGCACUACGCUGCCCAGCGGCGACGGCGGCUUCGAAUUCGACGGCUUCAACCAGAAAGUGUACGCCGACACGGAGGGCGAGGGCAUGCAGGUGAAAUACGUGGUGCUGGACAACAACGGCCUCAACGGCAAGCUCCAGUCCACGCACGUCCUGGAGGCUUCGCACACCGCCGGCCGGUUCGGCGGCCUCAAGUACCUGGGCCGCUCCAUCCACUUUGCCGGCGCCACGCCGAGCAGCGACUCCAACUGCUGGUUCAGUCCCUACAUUGCCUGCACAGGAGGUAUCAGUGGACUAGCACUGUUCUUCCUGUUCCUUGUUCUGGUUGCCGUCGGUGGAGGAGCCUUUGUCUAUAUCAAGAGAGGGGGUUCGCUUGGCUUCAGUUUUGGUGGUGGAGGAGGAAAGAUUGUUCUGAACCUCGAUGACCUGGUCUUCAUCAACACACAGCUCAGCCAAAGGAAACUGAAUGAGGACAGUAUGGUGAAGAGUCAGCUGGAUGUGAAGACGCCACGCCAUUCUGUGUCCGGUCGAAGCUACAUAACCUCCACUCCAGACUGCUCCAAUGUGGCUGUCCUUGAGGGUGACUGGGUGUGGUUGAAAAAGUGCCCGAAUGCAGGUGCCGUGUCUUCUGUUAAUGAUUCUACUCAGACAAUGUUUAUAAAGUAUCGAGACAUGAGGCAUGAGAAUAUGAAUCUGUUCCUGGGGCUCUUCUUGGAUUCUGGGAUCUUUGGCAUUGUCACAGAGCACUGUACCAGGGGAAGCCUAGAAGAUCUAAUCAACAGUGAGGAGAUGCGGCUGGACUGGAUGUUCAAGUCCUCCUUACUGUUGGACCUAAUCAGGGGGAUGAAGUAUCUGCACGGCAGGCGCAUAGUCCACGGGCGUCUGAAGUCUCGGAACUGUGUUGUGGAUGGGCGCUUUGUGCUAAAAGUCACAGACUACGGCUUCGGAGAGAUCCUCAAAAGCCAAGGCAUCUUGGUGGGUGAAGGCGAUCCAGAAGAUCAAUUGUGGACUGCACCGGAGAUUCUGCGAAACCCAAAUCUGGGCACUUUCCCUGGAGAUGUUUACAGCUUUGCCAUCAUCAUGCAGGAAGUGAUCUCACGCUGCGCCCCUUUCUGCAUGCUCGACAUGCCUCCAAAAGAAAUUAUCAGCAAAGUGAAGACCCCCCCUCCGCUGUGUCGGCCUGAGGUGUCCCUGGAUGAGGCCCCUCUGGAGAUCAUUCAGAUCAUGAAGCAGUGCUGGAGCGAGGAACCAGAGAAGAGGCUGACGUUUGACGAGAUCUUUCGACAGUUCAAGAACGUGAGCAAAGGGAAGAAAACCAACAUCAUCGACUCCAUGCUGCGCAUGUUGGAGCAGUACUCCUCUAACCUGGAGGACCUGAUCCGAGAGAGGACGGAGGAACUGGAGGUGGAGAGAGAGAAAACAGACACCCUCCUGGCUCAGAUGUUGCCCAGAUCUGUUGCUAAGGCGCUGAAGACGGGGAAGCCUGUGAAACCGGAGUACUUCUCCGAAGUGACGAUCUACUUCAGUGACAUCUUGGGCUUCACCACCAUCUCGGCCAUCAGCGACCCCAUUGAAAUAGUCGACCUACUCAAUGACCUCUACAGGACUUUUGAUGGCAUCAUUGGCCUGCACGACGUGUACAAGGUCGAAACCAUUGGAGAUGCCUACAUGGUGGCGUCAGGUGUACCCACCCGUAAUGGGAACCGGCACGCAGCUGAAGUGACCAACAUGUCUCUGGAUAUCCUGCACAGUAUGGGGGCCUUCAGAAUGAGGCAUAUGCCUAAUGUCAAGGUCAAGAUUCGCAUUGGCCUCCAUUCAGGCCCAGUCGUGGCAGGGGUAGUGGGCCUUACAAUGCCACGGUACUGUCUAUUCGGGGACACUGUCAACACAGCUUCUCGAAUGGAAUCCACGAGCUUGUCUUACAGAAUCCAUGCCAACAGGAGCACAGUUGAACUCCUCAGAGGUCUCAAUUGCGGCUAUAAAAUAGUCAGCAGAGGCAUCACAGAACUUAAGGGUAAAGGUGCUGAAGAGACAUUCUGGCUGACUGGUAAAGACGACUUCACCAAGCUCCUGCCCACACCUCCAGACACUAUUCCAGGGGCUAGCAAGGAAGGCCUCAGUCUGGAAGAAGUUCCGCCAGAUAGAAAACAGAGGCUCCUGGACCGACAGAAAAAAUAA